AUGCGCAGCUUCUUGCACUUGUGCCUGCUGCCCGUGGCACAACUCUUGCGUCUUCAGGCCCAGCAGGGCUCCGUGUGCGUGGAACACUGCCCUUCUGGGCUCAGCUGCAGCUGCCUGGCACUGAAUCGGGGCCUUCGUGUGUGCGAGCCUACAGGCUUCCUGGCGCCGCCCCCCGUGGCGCAGCGCUGGGAGCGCCAGGGUCUCAGCUGCGACGUGCGGCUGCCGCAGGGCGCGCGGCCCAUGGCGCCGCCUCCUGUGGUGGGACUCGGUGCCGUGGUGGACCCCCGAGAGGAGCCGGAGUUGAGGACCUGGGCUCAGGAGGUUGGCCAAGGUUUCUACUCCCAGUACUUCCUGGUGCACCACCAUGAUGGCACUUCACUGGGGGUUCCCAUCCUUGCUGGUGCUGAUGUGCAUCGCGAGUACCUUGAGACGGUGUCGAGCACACUGGAGCACAUGUUAUUGAGGCUGGUGGACCAGGAGGUCCUGGCGAACUUGUCGCAUGUGGGCGUUCGGUUCCUCAUUGCUGGGGAAGAGUCGCAUGGUGAGGAUCCGUGGCUGAAGCAUCCAGAGGUGAGCCGCCGCUUUGUGACGGGUCUCGGCGGCGGUGCCCCUUGGUUCCCGUCGACCGGGGUCUAUGAGGGCGAGAGCCAAGUGACGGUCUUGGAGGAGAUGCUGCACACCAUCCAGUACUGUGCACUCUCCCCCAGGAGAGUUUGCAUGUACCACAAGGCGUACCAGCAGGCCAUGGAACAGCAGCUCUAUACCACGGACGACUCAGGGUCGGAGGUGGAUGGUGAGCCGGUGCCCACCCUACAGGCAGAUGAAUACCUGGCCAUGGCCAUGCAUCGCUGGUUCGGGAGUGGCGAUGGGAGUGAGGAGUACAAGGUGCCGGGCAACACGAACGCCAGCACGGGCCGCCAAGCCCUGCGCGCGCGCGACGCGAACGCCUUCUGCGUGCUGAGCACGCUCUUCCGCGCGGACGACGCCUGGAACCCGGAGGAGCGACGACGCCCAUGGGAUCGCUGGCCCAACGUGGCAAUGGACCGGGAGGAGGUGAAGGUGCUGUGUGAACCGGUGCUGGAGGCCUUGGGUCGUGGCUGCCCGGACAGCAGCACGCAUUGGCCCACGGAGCGGCCGUUGGGUGAUGUCUCCGAUUGUUUUCGUCCUUCGCGAGCGAAGCUCGACGACGCGAAGCUCGGCGCCGAGCGGAGCUUCGUCGCGGCCAAAGCGGCGCAGGAGGCUGUGGAGGAUUCUUCUUCGCGCUGUCGCGGUGUAACCGCUGAGUGGCCGCUGCUCACUACCGCUACUCAAGCUGAAGGCAUGGGUGAAAUGGGUCCAGAUGUGACCAUGCAGACGCUGGGGGCCCCAGAGGGCAGGGGGCCACGGAUGCUUGGCCUUGGGGUGAAUGAUGAUGAAGGCAACUUAGACUUGAAGCAACUCACUCUGUUCAACGGUUUGGUGAAGAGCUGGGAUGAGAGUCAAGGUUUGGUGAGGCCCGACGGCGUCCAGGAUGGGGCGUUGGACAUUGUGGUGCGCCGAAGCGCCCGGGGAGCCCAGACCAGACGAAACGCGGUUUCCGCUCCGGUGGACGCGGUUUCCUCCCCCGAAGCGUUGGCUUUCGCCGAACUGGAGGUCUUGGGUCCUCAAGAGAUCUGCGUUGGCUGCGCAGUGCAGUUGGAGGCGGACCUGUCAGAGGCCAAGACCAGCUACGAGGCCACAAAGUGCGUGGUGGUGGGCGCUCCAAUGCAACAGGUGCCACAGGCAGGGAGGGCAGAUGUGGAGGCUGCCAAGGAUGCGCUGGCUGCGGUGGAUGUGGGCAGUGCGGAGGCUGCUGUGGAGGCUGUGGCUGCGGAGGCUGCAACUGUGCUACGACCUCCAGCUAUGGCAAGGAACGAUCCGUGCGAGAACCUGUUCAUCACGGGCUUGCCUGCAGAGAUUGAUGAGAAGCAGCUGCGCGAGUUGUUCACCUUCUACGGCACUGCCAAGGGGCCCGAGCUUUUUUUCAUGCCGCGGGUGGUCCGCUGCAAGGUGCUGCCCAACAAUGGGAUGCAAGACCGCGCCGGGCUGGUCGAGAUGAUCGACGUGGGACAGGCUGCGUGGAUCGUGCAGAACCUCAACGGGAACGUGCCGGCAGGCCUCACAAACCCCAUUAAGGUGGUCUUCUCCCAGUCACGCGGGAAGAUGGCACAACGGCAGUCUCAGUACCAGCAGGGUCCAUACGACCAACAGCAGGAGCCCCAGAGGAUUCCCACUGAAAUUGAAGAUCUUGCCAUCAAUUCCUUUUGCCAACUGGCCAUUCUAGCCAAGGCGCAUUCGGAAGCUGUGGCGCACGCUGUGAUGCUCGAAGGGUCGUAUGCAUGGUGUGCUCACAGGGUGGAACCAGGUUUGGAGAUCAAGAUGGCGACGCACACCAACGAUGCGGGCAACAAGAUUUGGGUGGGCCAGAUCCCCUUGGGCACCCACAAGGACGUGAUUUGGCACGAGUUCACGAAGUAUGGGCCUGUCCAGGAUGUCUACCUUCGGGAUGAUGGCAAAGUGUACGGGCGGAUGUGCCUCGGGUUCCAACGGAGAAAACCCGGAUGGAUCUGUGCGUUCGCCUUCCGCCUGCGGGAUGGGCCCAUAGGCAGAUCCGAAGAAAAGGAGGGACUUCAGAUGGAAGUCUGGGAGUCUGGCAGAUCCGAGUCUUGA